GUGGAUUAUGGGAUUGACAGAGUUUAAACAGUGUAAGUAAGUGCGGGGGAUGAUGUAGCAGCAGCAGCAGCAGCAGCAGUUGAGUUCAGGAACUGGAAGCUAAAGUUGCCCCUUGCUCUUCCUCUUCUUCUCUCUUGUUCCUUCUUAUUCCCCUCAUUAUCCUGUCCGUGUUUCCCUCUCUUCUUUCUUCACUCUACUCCCAUCCCUCACCUUUGGGAUCUGGAUUUUGUUUCAUGACGAUAUGUCUAUCCUAAAUUAAGAGACUUGAAUUCCUGAGAGAUAAUUCUAGUGGAAUACACACCUACUUCUUUUUUUCAAUUCAUAAAGAAAGACACACGACUCACUUGAUUAAUUACCUGAUUGACUGCCCAUCAUGCGACAACCUUCCAUGGAUGCCAACGCCGAUGAGGCGUUGGCUAGAAUGGGCUACAAGAGUGAAUUGCCUCGCAAUUUGAGUAUGAUGAGUAUUCUCGGCCUCUCCUUUGCCAUCAUGGCCGCCCCCUUUGGCCUCAGCACCACCCUCUACAUCACCCUCACCGACGGCCAAUCCGUCAGCGUCAUCUGGGGCUGGGUCGUCGUCACCCUCAUCUCCAUCGCCAUUGCCGCCUCGCUGGCCGAGAUCUGCGCCGUCUACCCCACCGCCGGCGGAGUCUACUACUGGAGUGCCAUGCUCUCCACGCGCAAAUGGGCCCCCGCCAUGUCCUUCAUCGAUGGCUGGCUCACCCUCGUGGGCAAUUGGACCGUCACACUCAGUAUCACCUUCUCGGGAGGCCAGUUGAUCCUCAGUGCCAUUUCGCUCUGGAAUGAGGACUUUGUCGCCAAUGCCUGGCAGACUAUUCUCAUGUUUUGGGCGGUGAUUGGGUGCUGUGCGUUGGUGAAUAUCUUCUUUUCCAAGUGGUUGGAUUUGAUCAAUAAAGUGUGCAUUUAUUGGACGGCAGGAAGUGUCGUGAUUAUUCUCGUGACACUUUUGACCAUGGCGGAUGAGAGACGCGAUGCUGAGUUUGUUUUUGCGCAUUAUGAUGCUUCGCAGAGUGGAUGGCCUGCUGGUUGGGCGUUCUUUGUUGGUCUGCUGCAGGCAGCAUACACACUCACUGGAUACGGCAUGGUGGCUGCCAUGUGUGAGGAAGUGCAGAACCCGCAUCGGGAGGUCCCCAAGGCUAUUGUGCUAUCGGUGGUAGCGGCCGGUAUCACAGGUCUGGUCUAUCUGAUCCCUAUCAUGUUUGUUCUGCCCCCGGUGCAGACCCUUUUGGCUGUGGCCAGCGGCCAGCCUAUCGGACUCAUCUUCAAGACUGCCACCGGCUCCGCUGGCGGAGGCUUCGGGCUGCUGUUCCUGGUGCUGGGAAUCAUGGUGUUUGCGGGGAUUGGCGCAUUGACGGCUGCUAGUCGAUGCACGUAUGCCUUUGCUCGUGACGGAGCCAUCCCCGGCUUCCGGCUCUGGAGGAAAGUGAACACGAAGUUAGAUGUGCCAGUGUGGGCCAUCAUCCUCUCCACCGUUGUCGAUUGCCUGUUAGGACUGAUCUACUUUGGGUCCUCGGCGGCCUUCAACUCGUUUACGGGUGUAGCCACCAUUUGUUUGUCAAUCUCGUAUGGCCUUCCCAUUUUCAUUUGCGUGCUUCGGGGACGCGAAGCCGUCAAGGAAUCCAGCUUCUCGCUGGGACGAUUCGGAUACGCGAUCAAUAUCGUAUCCAUCUGCUGGAUCUGCCUGGCUGUGGUGCUCUUCUGCAUGCCCACCUCGUUGCCGGUGGAUGCGAGUAGCAUGAACUACGCGAGUGUGGUGUUUGCCGGCUUUGCGGCGAUCAGUAUCCUAUGGUAUGUGGUGUACGCGCGCAAGCAUUUCACAGGGCCACCAAUCGCGGACGAGGAUAUGCCUGGUGUGAUGACGGGGAAACCCAUUGAUACGGAGAAUACUUAUGCGGCGCAUGAGAAGGAGGGAAAGGAAUGAAUGCCUAUAUUAGCGAUUUGUUUGUAUAUAAUUAGGUUCG